AUGCAUCCGCAACUCUUGUCCUUGUUCGCUGGGCUUACCCUUGCGGCCCCUCAUCUUGGUCCUAGGGACGAUGGCUGUGGCGGGAUCGUCAGCUCUGCCGUGCCUAUCACUGUCACUGUUGUCUCUCCAGUGCAAACAGUUACUGUCAGUACCAACAACGAGAAUGCGAGCUCAGAUACCUAUCAUACGGCAAUCCCUACCGGUUCUCCCGGCUCUCCCCCGGUGUCUUCCAGUGGAAUAUCCGAGACGCCUCAUGGGGCCUCGCCGUGGAGCAACAACACCGCCUUGCCCAAAGCAACCUUCACCGUUAUUCUUGGGCUUCCUAGCCCAAGUCCGAUUCUCCCUACCGCCUCUGCUGCCCCAUUAGUUCAACAGUCAGGGGUCGGAGAGCAAGCUGCAUCAUCAUCGCAAUCUACUUCAACGAAGUCUGGCAGUAUCAUUGCCAAUACUGCUAGCUCUCCUCAGAAUUCCGGUGGCCUCAUUCAGAGUUCAUCAAGCUUGGCAGCAGCAGCACCCACUGAGACCGGCGGUGUAGCACCAACCACCAUCACGACCGUGAUCCCAAUCACUCAGGCUUCUCAGAGCGGAAGCAGCGCCCCCCUUGAGACGGCAAAUUCUUUGUCGGCCGUAACCGGGAACGCCUCAGCCAACGCCUCAGCAAACGCCCCUUCGCAGACCAGUCAGAGUGUGCAGUCCCAGACGCCUGUUCAGGUCUCGGCUUCGACUGGGUCUCAAGCAGCCUCCUCUUUCUCAGUCACCAAGAUGUUUCUAGUCUUCAUUCUAUUGGCCGUAGAGGGAUUCUUCAUCUGCUAA